AUGUCGCAGGUGGUAGGAAAUACUGCCCUUCUCUUUACACGGUCAUGGCAUCAGGUCUCGGCGCGCUCCCGCGUGCUCGGGCCAUUGGCCGUGAGCAUCGCGACAACGUUGAUGGGCAAGCAUAAGCCGCACUAUGACCCUUCUGUCGACGCGUUUGGAGACUACGUUGUCGUCACGAAUGCCCGCGAUGUCGUCCUGACCGGGCGAAAAGAAGAGCAGAAAAAGUACUAUAGGCACUCGAUGUAUCCCGGAGGGCUCAAGGUCACCGGCGUCAAGGAGCUUCGCGAGACAAAGCCAGAGGAGAUCAUCAGAGAGGCGGUCGCAGGGAUGCUGCCCAAGAACACCCUGCGAGAUCGCCGGCUGGAGCGCCUCAAAGUUUUUCCAGACGACGCGCACCCAUACACUCAAAACAUAACCAAGCGCUAUGACUUGCCGGCAAAGGCAGCAGCACAUGCAACCCAGCCUUCCGGUGCGCCAUCACUCCGCACUCUCGGGCGCCCGACCUCCUAG